AUGCGCAGUGAUCGAACACGAUCUUCGCGGUAUGAGAGGAGCACCGGCGUAAAGAAUAUUUUGCAGUCAAUUGCAAGUGAUACAAUUGAUGCGCAGAAACACCAAGGCCUUCCGGAGGUGGUUUGGCGAAAGGGUCGGGGGCUGGGCGAUCGGUCGCACUCGCGGAGUGACGACUUCAGCCUCACGAAGCUGUAG